AUGGAGGAAAAGAGACAACCCAUGUCAUAUCAGAAGAGAGCAUCGCCCUGGAGAACCAUCUUCUGGGCAGCUGUCAUUGGCGUGGGCCUCUGGCAGUUCGGUGCAUUUCGACCCCUGGGGCGCUGGACCUGCCCGGAUCAUCAAGCCCCAAAGUUGCCCUACGGAAGAUUUCCACAAGAAAACGAUCCGUUCCACUUCAUUCCAUGUACCGACACCAGUCGGCCACCGCCACUUGACGACCCUGCUGCAGCGCAAUCAUGGGCCGCUCUGUUCGAUCCCAAUCCCAAUCACUGGAGCUGGGGCAGCACGAACGGAAUCUACCUGUGCGGGUAUCUUGACCUCCCUCUGGAUUACCACAACGCGUCAGACCAUCGCAUUGUCCGCCUCGCCGUGACCAAGUUUCAGGUCGCCGGGCUGGCCCCUAUCAGCGAUGCCGGCUUGUCACCAAACAGCCGCAAAAGUGAGCGCACUAUCAUUAUCAAUCCGGGAGGCCCAGGAGGUAGUGGAACUUCCUUCCUGUGGGACACGGCAGAGGAGAUGACCAACCGCUUCAGUGACGGUCAAUUGGAUGUGCUGGGAUGGGACCCUCGCGGGGUGAAUUUCUCUCUCCCCGCCGCGGCAUGUUUCCCUCAGGAUAGCCUGCGAGACAGGUGGUCCCUCCUAUCACUCUGGUACCGCGAGGAAGCCCCAAAGUCCCAGCUAGAGACGGUGGAUGCCAUAAAUAAUGCCACAUUCUUUGCCUGCCAGCAACGCCUGGGUGAUUUCGGUCGCUUCGUCAGCACGGCGUCGGUGGCCCGCGACCUAGACGAGAUCCGAAAAGCACUUGGUGAAGACGAAGUCACCGGAUAUUUAGUCAGUUACGGCACAGGAAUUGGGCAGACCUAUGUCAACAUGUUUCCCAACCGAGCUGGUCGCAUAAUCCUCGAUGGCACAGAAUAUGUCAGGGACCAUCGCCUCCUAGGCGGUUUCGGCUGGACAGCUCUGGACAAUACGACGGAUGCUUGGAAUGAUGGAUUCCUAGGGGAAUGUAUCAACGCCGGUCCGGAAUGGUGUGCGUUGGCCAAACCAGUUUCAAGCCAGGAUGACCCCGUCACACUGACCCAGCUGGAAGCGCGCAUGAACCAGCUGCUCGAGUCGCUCAAAGUCCGUCCUCAGUCUGCCUACACGGAAUUGAGCGGUCCGUCCUUGGUCACGUAUUCAGCGCUCGUGGACCGGAUCCUCUACCCGGCUAUGUACAGGCCGAUGGAAUGGCCCCGGACGGCGCAAAUCCUCGCUGAGCUCGAAGCAGGGAAUGCAACUUUGGCAGCGAAGUGGCUAGACCUCACAUGGAGUGACCACCCUGAUAAGCCAUCCGAUCCCCACAACCCAGCAUCUAGUGAACUAGAACUUCUCGUGAUAUGUUCCGAUGCAUAUGAUGCACCUCUUCCCGAUGGCCUCGACUGGUGGGAUAGACUGUGGGGAAGCAUGACCGAUCGCAGCUGGAUCGCCGGAAAUUCUCGCUUCUUCGCCGUUCUCCCUUGUCGACAUUACCGAGAGUAUUGGGAUCGCCCGUCGGAAGUGUACCGCGGGGAUCUGAACAACACGCUCAAGACACCCACCCUACUGAUCGCUUCUCCAUAUGACCCUGCAACACCCCUGCGCAAUGGAAGAAGACUCCUAGCGGAGAUGGGCCACAAUGCCCGUCUCAUUGUCCAUAAUGCUUACGGGCAUAGCUCUAGGCGUGAUGGCUCCGAGUGCACGGAUCAAAUCGCCAAAGCUUACAUUCUAGAUGGCACUCUUCCUGAGGAGCAGGAAGUUCAUUGCUUCGCCGAUAACAAGCCUUAUAUUUCUAGUUCCGUCGAUGGCAAAUAA